AUGAAAGUCGAGGCUACAACUACUGAUGGUGUUCGCGGUUGGGAAUGUACACCGACUGGUGAACAACCGAAUCAACCAGCUGAGAAUGCUAAAAAUGCCAAAUGUCUACCAGUUGUCUUGAAAGGGUGGCGGCGCACCUCGCUGUACGGUCUAAUCGUAUUUUUGAUGAUCCUCGUAUUUUUAAACCUCGCACUUACUUUAUGGAUUAUAAGCACUUUGAGACUGACAAAGAAUGGUAUUGGUCCAAUAACGAUAAUAAAAGAUGGUGUAAAAUUAAAUGGAAACGCGUGGAUAGCAGACCAGCUGAUAGCAUCUUCAAUAACAUCGCAAACAGGCCAACCUGUCACCUUGCAUUCACAUAGGAACUUCACUGUUCUCGUCUCAAAUCCAGAUUUCAAAGAGGAAUCUAAAUUGGUGUUAAAAAGAGAUUCCGUAAAGUGUAGUGGAAAUGCUUUCGAAGUGCAAGACGCAAGGGGAAAGCGAGUUUUCUACGCAUCGAAAGAUGAGGUUCGCGUGUUCGCUGAAACGCUUGCUGUAGAUGGAAAGGGUGGGAUUGGUGUCCGCAGUGCCUUGCAAUCUCCACUUGUACGAGCACCACCAGGAUCCAAUUUACAAUUAGAAUCGCUGACAAGGAAAUUAGACCUGCGAGCACCUCAAUCAAUAUAUUUAGAGAGCAGAGCUGGUAGCAUCGAUAUUACUUCGCACAAUAAUAUUAAGUUGGAUUCUGUGGUCGGUGCGAUUAGAAUUGACGCACCUAAUAUAAUCAUUAAUAACCUCAAAGAAGCGACAAUAACAGACAAGGCUUCAAAAAAUUCCAGAAAUAAAAAAGUUUAUCAACUAUGCGCUUGCGCAUCUGGAAAACUAUUCCUAUCUGCACCCGACGCACCUUGCGCUAUGCAUGAAACAGACACAGAACUAUGCCGAUGA